CCCACCCCUUUUGCAGGCUGCAAGGCUCCUCCCCCCGGAUCGUGCAGCUGUUGGCCGAGGGCUUUUGCAGGAAGCGGCAUUUAAAACAGGCUGCCAGGAACAUGUGAACCGCGCAGUCUUCGGAAGGGCUCGGAGGAGGCGGAGGCGAGAGGAGAGAGAGAGAGAGAGAGAAAGAGAGGGAGCUGGCUGGGAAUUGGUGCGAGCGCCGGCCUCCCUCCACCCCCACGGCCGGAAUGGGAGCUUGGUCACGUACGGGCAGGAACGGCUGCUCCAGCUCGCCGAGCGCCACCGUCCCUUAGCAGACUGCGCUGAACGCACGGACGGUGCCCAAGGAAGGAAGGAAGGGAGCGAGCGAGCCGCUGCUCCAGCCCGGAGACCCGGAGAUUCGACUUUCGCCGCCUUUUUAGCUGCUGGUGCCGGCCGCCGAGCAGCGGGAAGCGAGGUCUUUAGGACUUGGAAAGUAACUCUGAAAAGGGUGGGCCCAGGAGGCACACAACCCCCCAAUGGAAACUGAAAUGGAGUCUCCAUGUGAAGUCCAGCCAGCUGCCUGUCCGGAAACAAAGCCCCCUGAUCCUCCAGAGGCGUUUCCUCCACCUGCAAGUGUUCCUGAAAAGAUACCACCAAUCAAGCCAUGCUUUAAGAAGAAGCAACAGAUACAGAAAAGGCUGGAUUCAGAAGCAUUGAGGGCUCUGCGGCCGAUCUUCACCAGCUUGCUUGGCACGGGCACCUUGGAUGGAAUUUUCGUGCCCAGGGGACAAAAUAGUAGCCAUAGUAACUUGUGUGAAUCUGUUGCAAAAAAGAAAUUGGGGAUUGCAGCUCCAUGCCCACAACCUGAUAGCAAUGUUUUAGUGCCAGGAGCUCCAGCAGUUCAGGGACAACUAUCUGAUGGACAUCUUGAAGAGGAGGUCCAGCCACAGGAGCAGAGCUUCCCCUCCAUUACCUCUCCUGCUAAUGAGCCAUUCCAAGAUAGCUGCUUGCAUGCUGCCUCUAAUGCUGCUGCUCUCCUUGCAUACCCUGGCAAGAUACUUGAAGGUUACCCAUCUGGAAUAUCCCCAAGUAACAACCAGUGCCUGCUCCAGUGUAAUGGGAAUCCAGGUGAUAAGUUUGGAGCUGGUCUUUUCCAGGACAAAAGUGAAGAUGCUUCCCUUGAUCUGGUGUUUGAACUUUUGAAUCAGUUGCAGUAUCACACCCACCAGAAGGAUGGGAUUGAGAUCUGUGUGCACUUUCUUCAAGGCAUGUGCGUGUAUGGCAGUGAUUGCCCCAAGCAUCAUACUGUCCUGCCAUAUCACUGGCAAGCCAGGAGAACCGCUACACAGGCGUGGCAAAGUGUGACUACCGACUCCCAGGAGCAUCUGGAGAGACUCUACUGCAAUCCAGACAACGACAAGGUCAAAAUGAGAUACCGAGGUCAGGAGUUUUUAGUGGACCUGAAUGCCCUGACGUUUUAUGAUACAACUGAGUUUGACCAGUUGAGGAGACUCUCUACACCUGUCUGCACAAGUACUGACUCCAACUAUUAUACAGUCUGGAAAUAUUUCUGCAGGGAUCAUUUUGGCUGGAGAGAAUAUUCCGAGCCUGUAGUACGAUUAAUAGAAGAAGCCAACUACCGAGGGUUGGCAGAGGUCCGAUUUGUUACAUGGCACAAUCGUUAUAUCUUGAACAUUAAAGAUGGCUUCCAGCAAAACGCAUGUGUUCGAAGAGAAAUCAAGAAGAGGCCUCUCUUCCGCUCCUGUGUGAUUCUCAUGCCAUUUUUGCAGACACUUAGUGGCAGCCUGGCAGUGCCAAUGACAGAAUCUAUCCCAUCACAAGUUUUAUCCCCAAAUGCUGUUACCUCUCCCAGUUUCUAUCCAGAAACAUGGAUUAGCAUGGACCCGGCUCAGGACUUUAUCCAAGUGCCUGUUUCAAAGGAAGACAAAAGCUACAGAACCAUUUAUAAUCUCUUUCAUAAGACUGUGCCCGAGACCAAAUAUAAAAUCUUGAAAAUACUGCGAGUUCAGAACCAGUUUUUGUGGGAGAAGUACAAAAGGAAAAAAGAAUACAUGUCUAAAAAAAUGACCGGCUUAGACAAGAUUAUGAAUGAAAGACACUUGUUCCAUGGGACCUCCCAAGACGUGGUAGAUGGUAUCUGCAAGCACAACUUCGACCCUCGGGUAUGUGGGAAACACGCCACCAUGUUCGGGCAAGGGAGCUACUUUGCUCGGAAAGCCAGCUACUCCCAUAAUUUCUCCAAGCGGUCACCCAAAGGGAUCCACUACAUGUUUUUGGCAAAAGUACUGACCGGAAAGUACACAGUAGGGAACCACACCAUGAGAAGACCUCCACCUGUGAACCCUGCCAGCAUCACCAGUGAUCUGUAUGAUUCCUGUGUGGACAACUACUUUGAACCACAGAUUUUUGUCAUUUUUAACGAUGACCAGAGUUACCCUUAUUUUGUUAUCCAGUAUGAAGAAGUUAGUAAUACUGUUACCAUCUGAGAGACAGAGAAAGAAAUAAUUUCCAUUGAUAAAUUAUUGUUGUUAAUGGACUUUAAUCUGCUCUUUGUAGAAUGAACCCCUUUUUUGGGGAAGAAGAAAUCAAGUUUGGGGAAGUUUUAAUAAAGGUAUUGAGGAACAGGGAGUGGAAAAAAAUAACCUUUUUAACAAAACAAAACAAAAAAAAAAAAAAGAAAGAAAAAGAAUCCUGAAAAGACCAAUUGUGCAAAUUGUAAAUAUUUUCCAUUGUUUAUAGCUAAGAAGAAAAAAAGACUGUGCCUUUUGUUAUAAACACUAUUUAUGUUAGUAAAUUUAAUGUUUUAAAAACUUAA